AGUUCUUUACUGACGUCCGUGUCUCAAGACGGUGGUGGCGGAGGUUUGGAGAGAGGCCGCGUCAUGUACCUGCUGGAGCCUCGCUAUCGAUCUCAAUUCAUUGCUCCUUGGGACGAGGCGGGGCAGAUUGCAGCCUACAUGAACAUGGCCGGUGAUCUUGGGCUGUAUACAGGACAGCAGGAGUGGCUGGUGUUACUGCCACAAAAUGCCACCCUUCAAAAAAUUAAGAGCGCUCUCGCCAACGUAAAACUCUUCGUCGACAGUGAGGUCAUGUUGUGUCAAGAGUCUCCAAACGGCCGCUAUGAGAUCCUUCAAGUGUGGAACGUGGGUAAGGAGGCAGGCGACCACACUCUCCAGGAAGAGCUGUGGGCCACCUGGAGUCCCGCCGCAGGACUGACUCAGCUUGUCCGUGGCAGCAAGUACGACAGACGUAAAGACCUCCGCGGCUUUCACCUCAAAGUGGCCUCCAUAGAGACCUACCUGACCUGA